CCAUACUCUCACUUGAAAACAAAAAUAAUGGUUAGACAUUAUAGUAUUCCAUUUUAUCGUAUUAUCGAUAUAAAUUCGAUAUAAAUUCAUUAUCUUAAGAGUUUUUGAAUAAUCUUGCACACUAACAAAAGCCCAAGCUUUUUCUUUUUAACUGAAAUAACAUAUCAAAGAAUAUGAGAAUCAAACAACAAACAAAGAAAGAUAGAUCCAAGCUAUUGACAACUUAAACAAACUCAUACCAGUUAUAGUUCUAUAAGUUACCAGUUAUAGCUUUUUUUUGUUAUUAACUUAAACAAACUCAUACCAGUUAUAUUUUUAUCUCUAAAAAGUAACAUAUCUUGCAAAUAUAAAAUGAGUAUCUAAACUUAAAUUUUGAGUUAUUUAUUUGAAUUUAUCUAAACUUAAAUUUUGAGUUAUUUAUUAAUGAUAAUAUACUAAAAUUUUGAGUUAUUUAUUUGAAUUUAAUAUUAUAAAAAACUCAAACCACUUAAAGAUUAACACAUGGCUGAGAAUAUCUAAUGAAAAACUACAAGUUUCUAUUUGGAAAUACUAUUACUAAACACUUCUAUUUUUUUUUUACAUUUUCCUUUGAUGUUAAGAUAUCUAUAGAGUUCAAUGGAGAUGCUCUUACUUAGGUCUCUAUAUAUAAUGGUACCUUUGUGAGUUGUAUUCUCUAGAUAUCUCUCUCCUUCCCAUCAGCGGUUAAUGGAGCAAUCAUGAAUAGAGCAGAAAAUUCAGAUUCCAUCCCAAUAGAUCUCAUUCUAGAGAUACUCUCAAGAUUGCCUUCAAAAUCAGUAGGGAGGUUUCAUUGCGUGUCCAAGCUAUGGCGAUCCAUGCUUAGUUGUCCAUAUUUCAAAGAGUUGUACUUGACCAGGUCAUCUGCUCGACCACGUCUCUUAUUUGUUGUCCACAGCGUUGGUGAGGAAGAGGAAGAGGAACUACACUUCUACUCGUCCUCACAGCCUCCAAUUCCUUAUGACAAGCCGUCUCUUGUAGUAGCCGCCGAUUAUCAUACGACGUUCACUUCAGAACUUUGUAACUAUGCAUCUGGUUUGAUAUGUUUCCGUGGAAAGGGCUGCUCAGAGGAGGAAGCAAUGCCUAUGAUAUGUAAUCCUAUGACGGGACAGUAUGCGGAGUUACCUAAAGUGAUCAUGUACAUUCCAUCAAAAGCUGUUUUAGGGUUUGAUCCAAUUGACAAACAAUUCAAGAUAUUGGUAGAGCAUUUUCCUUAUUCUUCUGCAACUAAUCGUCAUAUAAUUUUGACAUUAGGAGUUCCAAAACUUGGGUGGAGGAGUGACAUCUGUUGUCCAAAAUACUACGGAUAUUUGUCUGAAGGAAUAUGCAUCAGUGGAGUUGUAUACUACCUACAUUGUGCAAGGUAUUCAAAAGGAGUAUAUGAAAUAGUUUGUUUUGAUGUUAGGUACGAGGAGUUCAAGGUUAUUGAAGCACAAUGCUUUAAUCAUGAAACUCCGACAUUGAUAAAUUAUAAGGGUAAAUUAGGUGGGAUUACUGGGAAUCUUAAUGACAGUGGUGCCAUUGAGUUGCGUAUGUGGGUUCUACAUGAUGUCGAGAAACAAGAAUGGUCGGAAUAUGUCUAUACUUUGCCUGAGAAUGAUGACAUUAAACUCCACGAUUUUACCGUUGCUGGAAUGACCACUAGAGGUGAAUUUGUUUUGUCUAUGAUCGAUACAUUUAAACCUUUUUAUGUUUUCUACUUCAAUCCCGAAAAGAACGCUCUCAGGAGUGUUGAAAUCCAAGGCUUUCGUGAGAAUGUUAGUAGUGUUAAAGUCUUAGUGGACCAUGUGGAGGAUUUCAACUUUUUUUUUAAAAGAGAGUCUAGCUAGUUUGGCAGUGAUGUUCUUGUGACUUUUCUCAUCUUCAUGUGGCUUAUCAUAUAUCA